UUUGACCUCAGCGGCAUGAAAUUCCACAAUGUCUCCUGUCCCCAUGGAUGCUCUGAGGCUGUCUUGUCCCUGGACACUGGGUACCGCGCCUCAGUGACCCUGGUACAGAAGGGCUGCUGGACAGGCCCGCCUACCGGCCGAAUGCUGUCCAACGACCACGCGCUGCCGCCCGACUACUCGGUGGUGCGCGGCUGCGCGACUGACUUGUGCAACGCCGACCUCAUGACCCACGACUCCAUCCCCAAUUUGAGCCCGGCGCCCAACCCGCCGACUCUCAGCGGCUUGCAGUGCUACGCCUGCUUAGGGAUCCACCCGGAGGACUGCACCCCGGAGAAGUCUCGACAGGUCCACUGUCACCAGGACCAAAGUGUCUGCUUCCAGGGCAAUGGCCAAAUGACCGUCGGCAAUUUCUCAGUCCCCGUGUACAUCAGAACCUGCCAUCGGCCCUCCUGCACCAUCAAGGGCACCUCCAGCCCCUGGACAAACAUCGACCUGCAGGGCUCCUGUUGUGAGGGGCACCUCUGCAAUAGGGACUCCGUGACCCAGCCCUUCACCACUGCCUCGGGCACCGCCCCUUCCCAGGCGCCCUUCCUCAUGGCCCCGCUCCUCAUGGUCCCCCUGCUGGUGGGCACUCUGGGAGGACCCCUUGUGCCCCUCUCUUAG